CGGUAUUCGUGUUUUUGUGAGGGCAAUCAAGAGGAGGUCUGUUCCCAUGGGACGAACCAAGUAGAAAAACAUUUAAUUUAAUCAAACAUUGGGUAUCAAAAACAAUUUCAAGAAAAACAAGAUUCACAUUAUAUAUUUUAGAGUUAUUGAGUCAGGUAUGGCUCGUGGAUGAAUGAAAUUGUAAUUUAAGGAUUAAUGGUUGGAUAUCUGACGGAAAAGUUUCUGUGCUAGCCGGAUUGACUUGGCCAACAUACACCAGUCUAGUUAUACCGUGUUUAGUGACUUUGGAUAGAGUUAUGUCAGAAGCAGCUCCAGUACAGGAGAAAAUUGUUGUCAUACCCGUGGAUGACAGCACACAUGCAGACGAUGCUCUUACAUGGUACUUGGAACACAUUCACAGGGAGGAGUUUUACGUCGUUGUGGUCCAUUGCUUUGAUGUCUCCCUGUCAUUAUAUGGAGCGUACCAUAGUCGUAAGUAUGCGGAGGCAGUGCAUGUCGUAUUAGAGGAAGAAAAAGCCAGAAUGAAUGAACUGAUUCAACGAUAUAAGACAAAACUUGAGUCAACGAUGGCACGACACGCUAUUAAGGGCAGAGUGACGUCAUUAAGCGGCAAAGCGGGUGAAGCUAUCGUCAAAUUCGCUAAGGAGGAGAACGCCACUAUGAUCGUCAUGGGGAGCAGAGGCCUGGGGGCAGUCAGAAGAACUAUUCUGGGAUCCGUGUCGGACUAUGUUUUACAUCAUUUUAAAGGACCUGUUCUUAUCAUACCCAAACAAACCAAACAAAUGGAGAUAAGUAACAAGGAAUGCGAUGCUAAGAUGAUAAAUUUAUGA